AUGGGGAGUCCGUCUCUCGCCCAACCGCAUGUGCUGCAUUCUUCUCAAAGCGACUCUGCGGUUACCGCCUUGGCGUCGUCUGGACGGAGUAAAUACGGCAUGCAGAGUGGUGGGAGCUCGUUCGGUUCCGCAUGCAGCGACGGGGGUUCAGCCAUUGCAACUCCGACUCCUGCGACUGCUGGUGUUUUUCCGGUGCAGAAGUUUCAGCCAGGAGUGGUGUUUUCAAGCCCGAUGCACCUGCCUCACCAGGAUGCUGCUUUCGAAGCUCCCAACUCAGCAGGAGUCACUGCGUCUGGGUUUUCGCCUGGAGAAUCGUCUGUAUCGCCUGGAUCGUCGCAUGGAUCUUGGUCUGAAUCUCCUGUAGUGUCAUCAAAAUCCCUGUCUGGAGCAUCCCCAGUCUCCGCAGAUCCCGCCGCCAUGAUUCCUCGCCAUUCCAGCUUGACUGCCAUCUCCAAUUCCUCUGCUGCUUCCGCUGCAGCAGCCCGUCACGUCCGGAGCAACACGGGCAGCCCGAAAACAAUUUUCAGAUACGUUUUACAACCCGGGCAGGUGCCGCCAGGGUCCAUCAGUCAGAUCGAGAAGUCCAGAGGGGAGGCGAGCAGCACAACGGGCAACGGUAUGAAACGCAUCGGGGAAGGGGCGGUGGAGCAGGAGAAAGAAAAGGCUGUCUUGAAGGAAGGUGGUGGAGGAUCCUGCAAGGCCGAUGCCGCAACUGACGCCAGUAAGAUCAUUGCUGCUUCCGCCGAAGCUACUCCCGCCGAAGCUACUCCCGCCGAAGCUGCUUCCGUAGCUGCUGCCGAGCUCCAUGCUCCCGCUGUGGCUGCUGUUCAGGCUGCUCGUCGACCCGAACCCGUGCCGCAAGGGGCCGCUUUGAGGGCCGGUGUGGGGCCCGUUGGGGAGACUUUCACUCCGGGGGGCGCCGCCAAGGGGGCUUCCGCUGUGGCUGCUAUUCAGGCUGCUCGCCGACCCGAAUCCAUGCCGCAAGGGGCCGCUGUGGGGGCUUUCGCCGUGGGGAACGCCGCAAAAGGGGCUUCCGCUGCGGGGGCCGCUGAGGGGGCCGCUGUGGGCGCCAUAGCCUUCAGGGCUGCGUCGUGCAGGGCUCCCCUGAGAUCGAAUUGA